ACUCCACAAUUAACUUCCGAGGCGACAGCAAUGUCCAGCACUCAGUUUUGUAAGCCCUAAGUUCUCAUGCUUCCCCAGCAGGGGUCAGUAUCAGGGCGAGAAGGAUUCGGCAGAAGUGAAACUUCUUUGCGGUGCACAAAACCAGAUGAGGGCAGCAUGUCUGCGGUGAAGCUGACCGACGGAUACACAUCGCUGGAAGGCGGCGGGGAGCCGCUGUUUUACCGCCAGGCAGAGCCCAGCGGGCAUGCCUGCCGAAUGGCCGUCCUCCUGCUGCACGGAAUCCGCUUCUCAUCACAGAACUGGCUUAGUAUCGGCACCCUGGAGGUCAUCGCUAAAGCUGGCUUCUGCGCAGUUGCUAUCGAUCUGCCCGGUUUCGGAAACUCCAAAGCAGCCACCCCCCCAGCUGCUGUUGGGGAACUGGCCCCAGGGGGCUUUCUGAAGCAGGUGGUGGAGGCACUGCAGCUGGGUCCGGUGGUGCUGGUCAGCCCCUCCCUGAGUGGCAUGUACUCCCUGCCCUUCCUACUCCAGCACGGCCCACUUCUUAGGGCCUACAUUCCCAUUGCACCCAUCUGCACGGAAAAGUUCACUGGCGAACAGUACCAGAGUGUGCAGACACCUACUUUGAUUGUCUAUGGAGAUCAGGACACACAACUGGGCGAGGUGUCCCUGAACAAUCUGAAGAAGUUGGCUAACCACAAGGUAGUGGUGAUGGAAGGGGCAGGACACCCCUGUUACCUUGACAACCCUGCAGAGUGGCACAAGAUACUCUUGGACUUUUUGCAGUCUCUUUGACAGUCUUGAUCAUACACCAGUAAAAUUGUUCUCAUGAAUGAAUUCAUGAAUGAAGUACCAAGUCAAUCCGGCUGGUAAAUUCUCCGGAAAUCUUUAAAUGAAUGAGUUUUUGUAGAUUAGUAUUUUUGUAAUCAUUUUGUUUAAAAAUCCAUGUGAUUUUUACAAUGGGCACACUAAUGAAAUUCUGACUUUUAUCUGUCUCUAUGAUACCAAGGUGUCUUUGUUCUGAAGGUGAACUAAAACACUUUUAUUAAUAAAACAUUAAUAUUAAAAUAG